CAGCAGCAGCAACAGCAGCAGCAAGUGAACCCCCAAAAUCAACAGACAGUACAAAACGUACCCCACAAUGGACCAAGUCGUCAAUCAACAGGCCAGCAGACAGUUAAAGAGGGCAGUCGAUCAAAACCCCAACCCUGCAAAGUGUGUGGUAAAGUACUCUCUUCAGCCUCUUCGUAUUAUGUACACAUGAAGUUACAUUCUGGAAACAAGCCGUAUCACUGCACAGUGUGCGAGGCUAGUUUUUGCAGAAAGCCAUACCUCGAGGUGCACAUGAGAACGCACACUGGUGAGCGUCCAUUUCAGUGUGAAUUAUGCCUGAAAAGAUUCACCCAGAAGAGUAGUCUAAAUACUCACAAACGUGUACACACUGGUGAACGUCCUUACGCGUGUGACAUAUGUCAAAAGCGUUUUGCUGUUAAAUCGUACGUGACAGCGCACCGCUGGAGUCACGUUGCUGAAAAACCCCUUGUUUGUGAUCGAUGCUCAUUGACGUUUACAUCGAAGAGCCAAUUUGCCAUCCACAUUCGUACCCACACAGCAUCAACAACUUAUGAGUGUAAUAUAUGUGGACGUACAUUCGUACGUGAUAGUUACUUGAUACGCCAUCAAAAUCGUGUCCAUCGUGAUAUGAAUCAGAGUAAUUCAAAUCACAACCCAUCAACACCACAGAGUACAGGUGGACAAACACCUGGUACUGGAUUUGAGAGUCCUGUUUGUGAUUUGCGUUACAACGAGGGGCCAUCAUCGUUGGAUGGUCUUGGCGGUGGUAAAGGUGGUAUUGCUGUUGAAAUAGCGAGUUUAGGUAAACAGAAUAGCCUACAGCUACCAGUGCCACUUUUGCAUCCACAAACAACUAACUAGUGUUUAAACGGCAGUGAGAAUCAGUCUCUGCCGUUACAACAAUCGUCACCGCAGCUAGCUGUUUGUCAAUCAUCGGCAUCAUCACCAUAUACUAUUAAUUCACCGUUGCAGCAAGAUCAAACAACUCCGCAGAGUGUUUAUCAGCAGUCCCAUGGCUCGUCUGGUUCACUCGACAGUCCAGAAUCACGUUAUUCACAUUUGGAACAGGUGGAUAAUCAUGAUUCACAUCAGCAGCAUCAGGUUUAUCAUGAGCAACAACGUGGUAUACCACCACCUGGGCUCCAUCCAGCACUUUAUCUGUACGCUCAGUACACUAAUACGAGUCCUCCUAUUACUUAUCCCGAGUAUAUUCAACGCAACAACUAGGAGAAAAGUUUUUACAUCCUCUUUGUUAACGUGGCAUCAUGUUUUUAUGCUGGCACCUCUUUUUCUUUCAGUGGUUUUUUCAUCGUUUUUAUAUUCGACUUGAUUAAUUGUGACGUUGCUAACGAAUUUAUCGAGUCUCUUUUCAUUACAACUUUUCACCGGUGCGAAGGAAAUUACCAAUGCUAGCAUAAAAACCCGUAUUUCAAUAUCUCCACACGUUUCCAGAUGUUUUUCUCUCGAAAGCACGACAAACAUUGUUUUUGUUCUGUCUAUCUUUGAUUUGUUUUCUUGUACGAAAUACAUAUUUACGAGUAUGUAUAUUACGUGAUCAUCACACCCAUAUUUAUGUUAUAUUUUUAAAGGAGUUUUUAGUCACUUGGAUCUGUGAUAUAGAUAGUAAUUAUUAUCAGCAAAGUUUAAAUAUUGGUUUAACGAUUUCGAUAUCAAACGGAGAAAAAAGGAGAAAUUUUAAGCAAACAAAAAAAAAAAUGAGAAAAAGUGAAAAUAAAAAGCAUAAAAAAAUAUAUGAACAAAGUAAUGUCAUGGAGAGUGAACAAAAUUAAUCGUCUCUACUUGUGGUUUUUACCCUUUGUCCGGUAGCCACGUGGAUAUUAUUACUAAUUAUGCCAUAAUGAAAAACGGAAAUGAAGAUAGAGGAUAUUUUCACGAGUGAUAACAUGAUACUUUGAUUCACAUUUUCAUCGCCAUUCGUCAUCAGAGAAGAAACAUAAUUUAGUCUGGAUAAUCAACUCUUACUAAUGCUAUUCAUUAUGAUACUGCUCUUCUAGUACUAGCGAUAGUACUGUUAAUUAUCAUUAGCCACUCUACUAAAGGAUGAAAAAUCUAGUUAAUCUGUAACUACUCUACUAACACUUAUUAGGCUGAUACUCUGUGACAAAAAGGAAAUUUAAACUGGAGAAUACUAAGAGGACACUAUUAAUGUCUUAUCCGAGUGCCGUGCCAUUCAGGCCCAGUCUAAAUAGGCGUCAUGAUUUCUCGGGUACUUCAAUCAAAUUUCAUAUCUUGGGUAAAACCAUUAAUUGAUACCCUUUUGAAUUACGGAAUCACAUUUUAUUAUUUUAGUAAAGUUUACUCCUGUUAUAAUCGUGUGCAUGGGGCUGUAGAGAAAAUUGAAAAAAUUAGAAUUUGAAUUCUUUAUGAAUUAUCCUUUACAGAUUUUGCAGCCGGAAUUCUUAGGCAAAAAAAAAAUGUGCGAUGCUGUCCGUUUUCUUCAUUACUCACCACAAAAUUGAAGAAAAAAGACGUUCAAAAAUCGUACCCAAGAGAUAUAAAGCAAAUGUAAUUGAUGAUACAAGUGGAGCUAGUCGAUUUAUUCCUUAAAAUUUUGUCGCUGGAUCGACCCGUUAUCCUUCAUUUUUUACUAUGAACUUGCAAAAGGAAAUUAAAUCUUUCAGAAAAACCGUGAAUUCUCAUCGUCCUACGUGAUCACUUCUUUACGGAGUUGAAUAAAUUUGAAUUAUAAAUGCCAAAAACUUGUCUUGCCUGGCUGUAACGACUAAACGGAGAAAUAGAGGAAUUAUUGAAUGAUUGAUCGAUUUGAGUCAACUCGAGAGAUCAUGACAUGCAUGUACACAUUGAUAAUUUAAUGCUUAUUUGCAUUGCGGUUAACAACUCAUUAGUCUGGUCUGUACAGCUACCGACCAACAAAUUAUAUUUUCGUAAUUGAAGGAAUAAAACAAAUACUGUUUGCGAUAUGCGCGCAUAUGCCUGGGACUUUCAAUUCCAUUUGAUACCAAGUCAUCGGGUAAGACUGAUUAUCAUAACGAACUAUUUUGAUGAGUGGGAGGAGAGAUGGAAAGAUUCGAAUGAGGGAAUAUUUAUGUAUAAUGUUUUGAUGGAGAAUGGAGGAAAAUCAUUGCUCUUUAUUAUUAUUGGCUAGUCAUUGUGCAGCUCUAUGAGAUAAAUAUAAUUACGAAGCUGUGAUUUAAAGUCUCUGUGCAUAUGAACGCGUAAUUCCUGCGUAGUCUAUGAAAUUCGCUUGUAGCCAGUGGCCGUAGAAAUUUUAUCUAAAUUUCUAGCUGUUCAAUUUUUUUUUUGUUUUUGAAUAAUAUUGUUGGAAUGAGUUUUUUGGGUUCACGUUUUUUUUUUUUCGUGUUUUAUGUGUUGAACGAGAAGAACGAAACAUGAGCAAUUUUUUUAUUACUCUCAGUUGUUUUGCGAAUUUUUUCGAUGGAGGAUUGAACAUGGCCCUGAAAUUAUGGGAAAUUAGCGAAGGUCUUCCUCUUUGGAAGCUUUCGUUCGAUCAAGAUAAAUAGUAAAUUCAUUACAAUUCUUUCCGUAAAUUAAUACUUUUAUUUUAUUCGCUGGGGCUCAUCCGAAUGGUAAUUCAGGGAAAAUUAAAAGUGAAGGAAAUUCAUCUGGUACUCAUAAUUUCGGGAUUUCAAAUGGUGAACCAUCAAAAAAUAACGGAACAAUACAACAGAGUGGAUAGAAAAUAUAUUUAUUUUUAAUCACCAGUGAUGUAGUUAGGGAAAUAGAAUUCCUCUGCCAUUUUAUCGCUAUCAAUUAUUUUGUUACUUCGAGGAUUUUUUUUAGUUACCUCGAGAGCCAAGGUUGUACAUAAUUUCAAAUGAAAAUUAUUAAUGAGUGCAAAACAAUGAAAAAACAGACCCACUAUUGAUCUGUAAUGUAAUGGAUUGUGUUGUUUUCUCGUGAGAAACGAAGUGUUAAUGUUUUUUAAUGGCACUAAAAUUCAAUGGGAUCAGUAGCAAAGACGUAAGAGUAACGAUUUGUACCUCAAUCGAGUUUUCGAGACUAUCUCUGAAUUGAAGAGAGAUAACGAAAUUUUUCUCAGAAUGUUUUUUGUAGAGUGAAAUGAGAGCUAUGAAAAACAUCUCAAUAAAAAUUUCAGUAUCUCGGUUGGAUUCAGAGAAAUUCCUCAAAAAUUGACCGAUUAUUUAAAUCGACUGGCAAUCCUUGACAUCUUCGUUACUGAAACAUAAACGCUUCUUUUUAACACCGCUAAUGCGUAGUGAAGACAAAAUCGCUGGGAUAUUCCAACAUUUUCCUCAUUCACCCCUGAAUGAUACUAUGCACUUACGACAGUACAACCCCACAAUUAUUAAAUAAACAAAUAGUGAAUUUUGAAUUAACUGAAUUCAACUGCGUGUGUAACACGAAAACCUCCAGAUGUCCGCCGAAAAAAAAUGUAAUGAGAUAUUCAGCCGAUGAAAUCAAAUGCUAACGAGCCAAAAGUAACGAUGAAUAAUUCCAUUUGAUUAUUUCAAUCACCUCACUCGAAAAAUCAUAAAAAAACUUCAUGAAUCAUCUCAUUACAUAUGAUUUUCAUUUUUCAAAAAAUUAAAAGAGAGAUUCAUGGAAUAAGUUAAACCCAAGAACACAGAGCGAAACUAAAGAAUAAUAACCGAUAAAACCAGAAAAUAUAAAAAAAAAUAAUACUAAAAAUAAUAAAAACCUAAAAACAAUGUCCACGUCGCUCGACAUUGCGCCUGUACCAUUUUGCUUCGUUAGCAGAGUACGAUGCCAUUUAUUUUUAUAAUACGUUUACGUAGGAAUAGUUCUUAUUUUUAUAUAGAAAGGUUUACCGUGCUACCGUAAGUCUUAGAAGGCCUGCGAAUGGUAGAUUACCUAGAUGAAAAAAAUAAUGAAAAAUGCAAGAGGCAAAAAUAAGUAAAACCGAUAAUUACCAAGCCCCUUUAAAUAUUAUGAAUAUUAUCAACUCGUUUCCGCAUACUCCAAUUACUAUAUCUGAGAUAAAUUUUUACCAAACAGUGUCAUUAUCUGUUGAUAGCGCCUCAUCUAGUCUACUUGUAUAAAAGCCACUUGUUUUUUUGUUCAUUCAUGUGAAAAAUUAAUGCGAGACAAUAGUGCUGAAUGCGGAGACGAGUGAUUCUAUUGAAAUCCGUGUGCGUUCAUGUUGACAGUUGAGAUGUAGAAGAAAAAAAUCCUCGAGAAUUUUUUCAUCUCUGAAUGAUGUAGACGUGCCGCACCGAGUUAAAAAUUCAUUUUUUUUCAAGUAUCACAAUCUCGUCAAGAAAGUGUUUUGUUGAUAAUUAUGGAGUGAUUAUUUGUGCUAAGUACAAAGAAAUCAAGAAUUGCUAUAAUUUUCCAUCGAUUUCUCUACGAAUUGUUUUGUAGUGAAGAUGAAAUUCGUAAAUUCGUGAAUAGAAUACUAAUAAUUUAGAUAGACCUGAAAUGUAUCCACGAUUGUCCAGAUAUCACGUUCUUGGCACAUGUAAAUAAUAUUUUGAUGAGAAUGAAUUUUCUGCUUGGUGCAGGGGCUGGUGAUGAAUCGUCUGAAUGAAUUGAAACACUUAUUACGAUUCAUUACCACGCGGGAAACUAUACAUAUAUGUUAAAUACUGAUUUAACGCUAUAGGCAGACUAAUUUGUAGUAAUGACGGAUCUACACGGUUUACGCGCCGGAUUAAUGAAUAAACCCGUAAUGAAUAAACAAGAGUAAAGAUAAAAAACAAUAUAUCCAUAACCGACUUGAAAAUAUUAACGAAAUGUUAAAGAAGUAAAUGAUGAACUCAUAGCCAUAAAUGAUGGAUUUAUCAGCUGUUCGCAGUGGCAGUGUAAAUUCAGAGAGAUAUCUAAACUCGACGAUUACAUAUAUAUUUAAAAGAAUCAUCAAUGAAAGAAAUGUAGAGAAUAGAUCACGCGAACAUUAAUGAAUGUACCUAUACAGAAAGACGCAUGAGACACUUUUGUAAUAGCAGUUUCAAACAAAGCAAAUAUAUUAUUAAUAAAAUAAUGGUAAUAAAAUGAAAAUAAGAAAUGGACGCUUUGACACAGCUCUCACCGACAUAUCCUGGCUAACACAUCCUUUUACGUACAUACUGCAUUACAUUUUAGGGAUAAUACAUGUUCUAAUAGGGUUACUCUAUGUGUGAACUAUAUCCCCUGAGUAAAGUGAAGGAAAGAGGAAAAUUAUAUAUAUAAAUAUAUAUAAAUAUAUGAGAUUGAGGAAGUUAUGCAAUUAUCACUUGUGAGGCAAGUAUGUACUGUACAUAGCUGUCAUUUUCUGUGAGAAGUCCCUCUCCUCCCUCGAAUCAUAUGAAAUAUACAUGAAAAUUUUCAUCGUACUGCGACGAACAUUAACCACUGUUGUAAUAAUUAUGAAUUAUUAUCAAUUGCUACGAGAAUGAAGAUAAAACAGAAUCAAUAAGAUAAUGCUAACGUUUAAUUUUAACUAGUGGAUAAGCUUACCGUUUAGUGGAAGUAGAGCCUCACUUUCAGCACUGUUUUUUGAAAAAUGAAAAAUAAGGGAAUGAAAUCAAUAUUUUAUCAUCAAAAUGAACAAAAAAAAAUGAGUAAAUAAUUGGAUUCUACCUCAAUCCUGUAAUGAAAAAAGUACAGUUAUCAUAUUCCAAUGGGAAGUACAGAUUAUAACGAGGAUUUUUUUUUCGUGUUACUUACACUGAAGCGUCACAUUAGCGAUUAUUUUCUGGCCUGCAGUGACAGCAAACUGUGAUAAUUUUAAUGUCUUACAUUAAUGGUUUAAAUUAAGACUCUGUUAGGGAUGGAUUUUAAAAGAUAUUUCUCAUCAACUCUAGCUCGAGUUUCAGUUGAAAUCUCUGGGCUGUUAUAUUUAUCUUCCAUGGAGCUUAUUUCAAUGAUAUUCUUUCAGUAUACGUUGAAUUGUGAUGUUAGAUUAAGGAAUAUGUUUUAAUCCAAAGGUGAUCGUGUGGGUUUUUUCGUUGGCGUCGCUGCAGCUCAGAGUGCUAGUGUGAGGUAUUCAGAAUUCAUGGAUUUAUCUUUUUUCAAUACCUCGCCUGAAAGGGAUGGAAUCAUCAUGUAGGGAUGUAUGAAACAUUCAGAGACGAUAUCUCCACUAAAAGUUGAAAUGAAAAGGAAAAUAGGAUGGUUCACAUCUACCAGCAAUAAAACUGUACAUUGUGAUUGAUCGAUCAAGCUACAAUGUAGUUUGUCUCGAGAUAUCACCGAUAGAAGAAUAAACACUCGUGUAUUAAAGUAGAAUUAUGGAACAAAUAGAAUACGAUUGAUACCCCAAA